AUGGCGCCCGGAAACUCGCAGUUGUUCCAGCUCGGCCUGGAUCUCACGUACCCGCUGGAUUCGACCGAGCACGUCAUUGCGGGCUCGCCAAUUAUUGUGCGCGAGAACGAGCCUAGCUCUAUCAUCGCCUUUACGCUGAUGGCUAGCGAGUACCGCCAGGCGUUGCACAUCAUGUUUGAGGAGGCCAAGGCCGACUUUAUCCAGGCAGAAUCGCCGCCGAACGCAGCCACCGCUGAGGACGCCGUCAUCGAGCGCAUCAUGCUGCACUCCCAGGGCCUCCACUUGAGAUUUGAAUUUACUGCCGGGCAGACUGAGUUCGUGUGCAGGGUGUUUUAUGCCGCGCAGUUUGAGGCGCUGCGUCGGUGCAACAACUGCGAAGACAGCUAUAUUGAAUCUCUGUCGCGCUGCAUGACGUAUAUCGCCAAGGGUGGCAAGUCGGGCAGCGCGUUUUUGCGCACACGCGACGAGCGCUUCAUCAUCAAGGAGGUGUCCAAGGCCGAGUCGGACGCAUUUUUGAGGUUUGCGCCGUUUUAUUUUGAGCACAUGUACACGACGUACCGCGACGUGAUGCUGACCGUGUUGGCCAAAAUUUUUGGUUUCUGCCGCGUGUCGUAUCGCAAGGCGUCCACGGGCAAGUGGGUCAAGAUGAGCGUUGUCAUUAUGGAGAACCUGUUCUAUGAACGCAAAUGCAGCCGCGUGUUUGACCUCAAGGGCUCUGAGCGCAACCGCAUGGUCGAGGAGACAGGUAUCAACGCAGUGUUCCAGGACGAGAAUCUGAUUAAGCUCAUUCGUCAAAACCCUAUCUGCAUCCGCCAGCAGACCAAGAGCCAUUUGCACGACGCCAUCUGGAAUGACACGCUGUUCCUGUCAAAGAUGAACGUCAUGGAUUACUCUUUGCUUGUUGGAUUUGACGAGAACAGCAAGGAGCUGGUUGUCGGCAUUGUUGAUUUUAUUCGCACGUUCACUUGGGACAAGAAGCUCGAGAGCUGGGUCAAGGAAGCCGGAAUUCUGGGCGGUGGCGGCAAGGGCCCGACUAUUGUGUCGCCCAAGCAGUACAAAACCCGCUUCCGCGAGGCUAUGGAGCGCUAUUUCUUGAUGGUACCAGACAAGUACUUUGUCAUGCAACCCGGCGAUGAGAUCUAGCGUGCACGAUUAUUACCAUCGUUACCAUCACUUUUUUAAUUUCGCACAUGUCGUUUUGAUUGUAUCGUUCAAGUGGUCAGAUAUUUAUUAUAUUUUUUUGUAUGUUUAAUCCACAUUUUCUAUUAAUAUUAUUUUUAUCCCACGCUUUCGCCAAUGC